AUGGCGCGCCACUUGCCCGGGCCGUACUUAUCCACCCCCGCCCUCAACGCCCCCUCCUCCUCCGCUGUCCACUUCUGCUUCGGCGCUCCCAUUGCUGCGCCACCCCACCACCCUCGCCUGCUCCCGAGGCUGCUCCCAAGGCGGCUCCCGAGGCUGCUGCCCCUCCUUGCUGCUGCUACAGGGGCCUCUCCUCUUCGAGACGACUCUCCUGCAGCACCCAAGAGGGUCCCCCACCGCGCCCUCCCUCCUAGACACGCUUCCCUCCCAGGAGACGUCUCAAAACUCGUCCCAAGAGGGUCCCCCACCGCGCCCUCCCUCCUAGACACGCUUCCCUCCCAGGAGACGUCUCAAAACUCGAGACGUCUCAAAACUCGUCCCAAGAGGGUCCCCACCACGCGCUCCCUCCCUCCUAGACAACAGAUGCAGCGUGUGCGGAUGGUGUGUGCACGCGCCUCCCCCACUUGCCUGCGCACCUCCCCGCACUGCCUGCUCGCCUCCCCCCAGUGCCCGCUCUCCUCCCCCCACUGCGCGCUCGCUCCCCCCGGUCAGGCGGAGCGUUGCGCCAUGGUGGGCCGGGCGCAGACGGGGAGAGAGUGA